GGGUAAGCCUGUCUCUCAUUCCCUCCCCAAUUCAUUGGUCAUGUUGGUUCAUUAAAUGACACAAACUUUUCUUGCCUGGAAAUGACCGACACGUUUCUGAGGUCACAUUGUGGGUGUUUCAGUUUCUAAAUGAACAUCUAUAAAGAGAAAGAAGAAGAAAACCUCACUGUGUAUAUAUACCAGAUACUUUGAUGUGGGGGAACACAAAGCAGCAACGAUGGGUGUUUUCUUUGACUUGUGGUUCUUCAGUGCCAUUUUUCUCUUCGGGAUUCCAAGAGGUAAGUGUCCCAUUAUAUGAGAGAAAGAGAGAGAGAGAGAGAGAGAGAGAGAGAGAGAGAGAGAGAUUGCAAUGUAAUGCAAUCAAGUGGUUAAGCAAAGCAAUCUUGUUUUUGUUCAAUCAUUUAUUCAAUAGCUUAAAAUAUAUUAGUUGGAUUUCUUGCACACCCUUCAUCAUCAGGUCCCAGGGUGGGUUGCAACAAUUUAAAAAUGCAAUAUUAAAACCAUUUAAAGCAACUGGCAAUUGAUUUACAACAUGUGUGCUCCUUUCAGUAUUUACAAAGUAAGGGAACCUGCACACCAGUUUGGUCCACUUGAAGUUGAAAGAUGAGCCUGAUACUGUACCUUUUUGGCUGAGCUAUAUCACAGACCUCAUCUGGCAGCAUUUACUGCUGGGGAAAUGCUAUCCUUCCCUCUGAGAGCAUUGCUGCUCUGUCAAAUGCCUCAUGUGUGAUGGCUAUGUAAAUGGCUUCAGCUCCCACUGUAUUGUGCCUCUGAUCAGAAGGGUAAACAGAAGGGCAGCACCUUCCCCAUCCCCAGCAGCGAGUAUUUAGAAUCACAGAACUGUAGAAUUGUAGAGUUAGAAGGGACCACAGGGGUCAUCUAGUCCAACCCCCCCUGCAAUGCAGGAAUCUUUCCCCAUUAGGUGGGGCUUGAACCCACAACCCUGAGAUUAAGAGCCUCCUACUCUACCAACUGAUCUAUCUCGGUCAGCUCGUAUUACCGCCUCUGAUCACACUAUGAUCAUAAAGGCACAGUAUAGUCAGUAGGUGGUCUGGCUUCGGGAGAGUCCAAAGGGCCAGAUUUGGAGGGCUGAGUUUGACCCCCUGGGCCUGAGACUUGCCACCCCUGAUCUAACAAUUGGCACCACCCUCAGCUUCUGCUGAGCGCAAAGCGAGCACCCAGUAAUCUCUGCCUCUCUGUAUGCACCUGUCUUCAUCCUUUGCAGGAGGUCAGCACAAGGAGUGAUCCGUCAAGCCCACCAUCCACUUACGGCAGCUCACCAAAGGCACACUAAGCCUGUUUUAAUACUGCCUGGAAUUGCAGAAACAGGAGGCAGGUUGUCAAUCGCCUGGUUGGGCCACCAGAAUAACAUGGCCAGGGAGCACUUUUCAGUUUGAUGGGCCAUCAGUUACACAGGCUUCCUGGAGUGAAUUACCGUAUUUUUCGCUCUGUAACACGCACCCAACCAUAACACGCACGUAGUUUUUAGAGGAGGAAAAUCCGUAGGCAUGCCACCCGUACUCAUUCCCUCCAUAACACGCACAGACAUUUCCCCUUACUUUCUAAGAGGAAAAAAGUGAGUUUUAUGGUGCAAAAAAUACGGUACAUUCUUUUCCUUCAUUACUCAUUUUCCUCUAUUAUUUUUUCUUCUAUUAUUAUUACGGCCGUGUAUGCCACCCAUUGUGAUUAUUAGCAUGACUAACACCACCACCCCUUUCUCAGAUCAAUGUGCAGAUAUAAUUGGAGGGAAAGAAGCGAAACCACACUCAAGACCUUAUAUGGCCUUAAUCAAAGGACGCCAGAUCUGUGGAGGAACGUUGAUCAAACCCAACUGGGUGUUAACAGCAGCCCAUUGUCGGUAAGUUUCAAGAAAUGUUUCUGUUUCUGUUUUUGGUGGUGGUGGUUCACAAACUUAAUACUGCCCAUGUAGGGAUGCUAGCAGAUUUGCAAUUACCAGCUUAAUAUCAGAGCAUAGCUAUCCUUUGGGUGUUGCACAUAUCUCUAAAUCUUGCAAUACAGUUCUUGGCUCAAGAAAACUAGGAAAAUGCAUAUAAAAAUGAAUAUUGAAGGUUAAAAUGGGUAUAAAAAUGCAUGUUUCAUAAUAAAAUACAUUGGGGAGCAGAUUGGGGUAGAGUGUAUUAAAUUGUUUAUUUUGUGCAAAGUAAGUUCAAAAAGGUAAAAUUUGGUGUGGUUUUUAAUAAAAAUGCAGAUUGAUGCAGAAAGGGAAUGGAUUUGUAAAUGAACAUACCGUAUGUGAAACUGACAUACGCUAGUGAACUUUGGACUUCCUUUAACUUAUCCAUAUUCUUUAUCUUCUUAGGGAGAAAACUCUCACAGUUGUUCUUGGAGCUCAUUCACUUGCUAAACAUGAGGAUACCCGGCAGACAUUUAGGGUUGCUAGACAAAUUGCUCACCCAUGCUAUGAUGAGACGACAAAAGAACAUGACCUUAUGCUUCUGCAGGUAUAUCUCCAAAUGGCACAUACAUCUAAUAUAGGUGCUAAGGGAAGCUACCAUGUUGUGUCUUUUCCCUGAGGAGUGUUGGGAGUUUGCUGACAGUGACACCCACUGAUGGCAUCAUGAUAGGUGGACUCCUCACAGCUGCUGCAAAAGGCGCACACUUGGCCAAGCAUGAUCUCUGAACUAGACGUCCUUCCAGUUCUAUGAAAUUCUAUGAUAGUGAUAUGCCGGUUGCCUUGGCAACGGGGUAACACUGGUGGAGUGAAGUUAAAGACGUAAGGUAGAGAAAAGGAAUCAUAAAGAUUGAGCAUAACAGCGCCAUUGUCUGGGUGAUAGGAAACGCUCCCCCUCCCAACCAUAAGCCUGGAUGUUCAGAGAGAUGGGGAGAGGGUUGGGUAAGCUGUUAAGCCUGCUGAGAUCUACUUAGAUGCCCAGGAGGCAGAAUCUAGGGAGGUUUUCUGGCUAACCUGCCACACUGAUUUUAAUGGGAGUAGAACAUGACUAAUUUCCUCUGAUCCAAUUAGCAGGGGGUGGCUGUAAGGGAAGAUCUGGCAGCAUCCAGAGGGGGUUAUGGUAGGAUUCAGUAAUAGGAGGCCAGGAGGGGCCAUAUCUCCCCCCAGUGAAGAACAUUAGUUCACUCUCCAAUUGCACAAGAGAGUGAGGCAUAUACAAGGUGCUGUUGUUGGCAUCUGACUGUCACAAGAGACCAUGGAGUGCACCUGGUAUAGUGACUUAUUUAUGACCAUGGGACUAACACAAGGGUGGGAAACCUCUGACCCUCCAGAUUUUGCUGAACUAUAACUCCCAUCAGCCCUAGAAAGCCUGGCCAAAGGCAAGGAAUGAUGGGAGUUGUAGUUCAGCAACAUCUGGAGGACCAAGUUGUCCACACCCAGAUUAGCGAGCAGUUCUUUGGAAUUGGGGUUGGUCCAUUUUCUUCCUCAAAGUGAUUUUGAGGAGGGCCCCAUAAAAUUAGCCGCUGACUAGAGAGUUAGUGGAAUCAGUAUUUUUAGGAAGACCCUGAAGAUUUCCCCCCACUCUCCCUUACAUUACCUGAUGUAAACUAAGCUACCGAUAUGAUGUUCUGAAUUGCUGAUAGCAUCCUGAGUUUAUCAUGGGCUGCUUGGUUAUUUCAAAAGUGAAGUCUGGUUGGUGUUCUUUGUGACUGCACAGAACACUGUGAAAACUUCCUUUUUAAAGAAAGUGUAUUUAUAAAUUCAUUAAACUUUAACUUAUUUAACCCACUGUUGCUCACAAAAUACAGUAGUGUGGAAUGUUUCAAAUUGAAGAUCAGCACAUUUUUAGCAGUUUUGUUAGUGAGGUAGGUUAGGCUGAGUAACGGUGACUGACCCAGCAAAGAGUUUCAUGGCUGAAUGGAGCUUCAAACCUGGCUCUCCCUUGUCUUAAUCUGACACACUAACCACUACACCACACUGCCUGCUAAUAAUAAGUGUUGGUUUUCCCUACACACACCCACACCCCGCUCUCUCUUCCAUCUCUUUUAAGCUUAAUGGAACAGCAAAGAUUAACAAAGGCGUGAGAACCAUUAAGCUUACCAAAAAGGGCGAUGAUCUCAAGGCAGGAACCAAGUGUCAAGUAGCUGGAUGGGGAAUUACUCAAAACGGACAGAAGAAGCCAUCUGAUACCCUGCGUGAAGUUGACGUCACCGUCAUUGACAGAAAAAUAUGCAGUGAUGGCUAUAAUCCUCCUGUUGUGACAAGGACUAUGGUGUGUGCUGGAGACAAGAAAGGAGGAAAGGAUGCGUGUGUGGUAAGCUUGCUUAUUUACCAUUUCUGUCCUCAAAUAUGAACUCUCUUGUGACUGACACCUUGUUCAGUAGCGUAAUACACAUAAGGAGGAAUAAUUCAAACAAGUUGUAGCUCUGUUUACUCAAGACUUUUAAAUACAGUGUUUCCUUGGUGAAAUCCCCCCACCUGGGAAUUAAAUGACUGUCUCGCCAGAGUGGUGCAUGCUCUGGUUAUCUCCCGCUUGGACUACUGCAAUGCGCUCUACGUGGGGUUACCUUUGAAGGUGACCCGGAAACUGCAAUUAAUCCAGAAUGCGGCAGCGAGACUGGUGACUGGGAGUGGACCCUGGGACCACAUAACACCGGUCCUGAGAGAUCUGCAUUGGCUCCCAGUACGUUUCCAAGCACAAUUCAAAGUGUUGGUGCUGACCUUUACAGCCCUAAAUGGCCUCGGUCCUGUAUACCUGAAGGAGCGUCUCCACCCCCAUCGUUCAGCCCGGACACUGAGAUCCAGCGCCGAGGGCCUUUUGGCGGUUCCCUCAUUGCAAGAAGUGAGGUUACAGGGAACCAGACAGAGGGCCUUCUCAGUAGUGGCGCCCACCCUGUGGAACACCCUCUCUUCAGAUGUGAAGGAAAUAAGCAGUUAUUCUAUCUUUAAAAGACACCUGAAGGCAGCCCUGUUUAGGGAAGUUUUUAAUAUUUAAUGCUGUAUUGUUCUUAACAUUUGAUUGGGAGCUGCCCAGAGUGGCUGGGGAGACUCAGCCAGAUGAGCGGGGUAUAAAUAAUAAAUUAUUAUUAUUAUUAUUAUUAUUAUUAUUAUUAUUAUUAAAAUAUCCCAAUGAAGAUUAGGGUGGAAACAGCAGUUUAGAGAGAAACAGCAAUUAUUUUGUAGUGCCUUUCCUGCCCUUAAAAACAACAGGUCUGGGCAAGGUCUGAGAAAAAUGUUUCUGCAGAGUUUCAGCAUAAACUAAAGAAAAGCCAAUGCCUAAUCAGACCUUGAUUUUGUUACAGCUAUGAUGGGCACCUGAUUAGCUUACCAUCACACACAAGUCUGCUUAGUAGUUGGUAAGGUGUGGGAGGAGGAAGAUGCAGGAGGUUACCAGGGUUAGGGAGUGAUUUACCGUAUGUGCAGGAGAGUUGCAGAAAAAGAGCAGGGAGGAAGUGUGGACUUGGGGCAAAACAGGGUUGCAAAGCCAGGCUGUGGAAUAAAAGAGAGAAGUGGUUUCAGAAAUGGGGUUGUGGAGGUGAAAAGCAAGCUGGGGUGGAAAGGGGGUUAAUAUGGGGGAAGGUAGGGGACUUGGUGAGAGGAGCAAGCAGGUGCACACACACACACACAGGUGUGUUUGUAUGUAUGUUGUACAUUAUCGUACUGAUUUAAUACUAUGUCAUUUUUAAACUUGUUGGAAAAUAUUUCAAAAUGUGUACGCACAUUGAACUGGUAAACAGGUAGCUAUGUUCAGAAAUUACAUAGUUAACCAUAUUUUUAAUUAUAUUUAAAAAAAUAUUUUCUGACUUUCAUCAUAGUAGCAUGUGGAAGAAUCUUCUGGCUUCUUUUCAGGCUACAGAUUUGUGUUUACUGCACAUAUUUGAGAUCUUUUCCAUACAUUUAUAAUUAUUUAUAAUAAUGAUACAUAUAUACAUUGCUUUUCACAAGAAGUCUCAAAGCAACUUGCAAAAUAUUUAAAGUCUGUGCAUGUUUUCUCAGACGUCUCAGUAAGUUCGGGUUGCCAUACGUCUGGAAUUUCCCAGACAUAGCCAGGAUCCGGCCGUCAGAAACAAUGUUCAGGUGGAAAAAUCACUGAAAUGUCCAGGAAAAUUCAUACAUACAGAAGUGUAGAUUCUGGUGAAUUUCCUUUAGAAUAGCUCAAAAACUUCUUCUUUUUUUGAGAUUUUGCAAAAUAAAGCUCAACUUUGGCAAAAUAAAUAAAUAAAUACCGUAUUUUUCACCCUAUAGGGCGCACCAGCCCAUAGGGCGCACUUAUUCUUUUUGGGGGGGGGAAUAAAGAAAAAAAAUUCCCCCCACCCCAAGCCCCAAAGAGCAAAGAAGGAUGGAUCCCACUAGCUGUCCUGGCUUCGUUUAUAGCCUGGGGCUGGGGGUCCGGGAGCGAAGGCGAUGUUGCGCUCAACCUCGCCACUGCUCCCGGAGCUUGCAGGGCUGGGGGCGGGGGAAGCCCGAGCUUCCCCCGUCCCCAGCCCCCAGAACGGGGCUGGGAGCGAUGGCGAGGUAAAUCUCUUUUUGAAAUCUGGCAACCCGACACUACGUUCCAUGGAGUUUACUCCCAAGUAGGUAGGCAUAAAACUGCUGAAACCCUAAGCACACUUCAUAGGUGCCAACUCCCUGGGGCCCUGGGUGCCUGAGCACCCACAAAAUUCCCCAUGAAGGGGCCAGGCACCCGCAAAUUUCAGUGCCAGGGCCAUGCAUGUUGCCCCUAUGCAUAUGGCCCCGGGCACCCACAUUUGCGGAGCCAAGCUGGCACACUUCCUACACCUCCCACACAGAGAAUAUAGCGGGAUCUAUAGUGGGAAUAUAGUGGGAGAACAGUUGAAGGACUGUCCUGUAGGGAAAUCAUGAAAUGCAGGUGUUUAAUUUGUCAAAACUCUCCUUUUACUAUCAUUUUGAGAGUGUGAGCAAAGAAAGAUAUGAAUCAGGGAAUAGUCUUGUCAAGGCUCUCUCUUCUUUUUCCCACCAGGGUGACUCGGGUGGUCCUUUGAUAUGUAACGAGGAACAAAAAGCUAUUGUAUCCUUUGGUGGAAAAUCAGCAUGUGGUGAUAAACGUCAACCUGGCGUCUAUACUCUUCUCACAAAGAAGCAUAUCUCCUGGAUACAAACGACGAUUGGAGGCAACCUAUAGAUGGUUGGUUUGAUUUUGUGAUUCUCUCACCAAAUACUCAUUGAUCUGGCUUUAAUAAAAUCAAAUGUAAACAACAACAAAAAA